AUGAUAGACAAGCCUCCUCUAAAUACACUCUUAGAUCUUGCAGGAACUUUCAAAUUUGUGUCAUCUUUGGAUGAAAUCCCAACACUAGUUCAGCAAACUGUUAAAUGGUUCUUACUUGGCAGGUCACAUUUUUCACAAGAGCAAUUUGUACAAGGGCUGUCUGUGUUAGGAAUUUAUGAUUCUAUCUUAAAGAAUCCUGAAUCAUUCCGCCCAGUUUUUUGCUACUCGCCUCAGCAACUUAAUGCUGAAAUCAUUUCGCAUCUGUUUGAAACUAAUUUUAGUGAGGUUGGCUCUAAUCAGCAUUGCUCUGAAUCACUGGUCAUAUCACAUUGGAAUGAUUAUUUGUUGGAUGUUGAAGAGAGGGCAGAAACGGAGGUCACAUUCAAUGAUAUUCUGUUUUUUGCUAGUGGAUGUAAAAUUAUACCACCAUUUGGUAUAAAACUGUCUUUAGAGUUUCUACAUCAUGCUGAAAAAAAUGGUGAAAUGUCCAAAUUCCCAAAGGCUAACACAUGUGCUUGCAUUCUUUAUUUACCUGUCACCCACAGCUCAUAUGAUAAGUUCAAAGAGGCCCUUUCGUUUGCAUUUCUUAACACCCGUGGGUUUGGUGAGCCAUAA